CAAGACUGUAUUUGUGAUGAUGCACUCAUUUCAUUAUUAACUGUUAUUUGUUUGCAACAGUAUUCAAUUGCCUGCCUAUUUAGUCUUUAGUCUUUAACAUGGCAACCUUGGUGAAGGUUUUCUUUGCCUUUUCACUGUUGGCUUUAUGUGCAACUGCUAGUUUACAAGAACAAGACAUAUUAAGGAAUGUUAAAGCAAUAGCAGAGAACCUAAUAACCAAAGAAAAUGAUACCGACGAGACAACUUUACCGGAACUUUAUUCGAUUACGCCGCACCAAUUGAAAGAUCGCACAGUAUGUGAUGCAUGUGCCAUCGCCAUCGACGUCAUUAUCAGUUAUAGAAGAUCGGGUGCAAACAGGCAGUCCAUGGUCGAGUACAUAAAAAAGUUUUGCAAGAAGUUCACAGACUGGGGUUCGAUUCCCUGCGAUGGAUAUGCCGAAAUUGAAAUAGACACCAUUCUGUUUAUAAUCGACAACAAACGCAAUCUAACUCCGGAAAGAGUAUGCGCAAUAUACAUGCCAACGCAUAAAUGUGUGGAUCCCCAGGCGGACAAAUGGACCGUCAACAUUCCCCCACCGUUGACCCCAAAUGAAGAGACAUCAGCGCCACCUAACGCUUCGGAAACAAUGAAGAUCCUGCAAAUAACGGAUAUCCAUUACGAUCCGGAUUACACACCUGGAUCUGAAGCUGAUUGCGGAGAACCGCUGUGCUGCCAGAAGGGGGCGCCUAAGUCACCUGAUAGUGCAGCUGGUUACUGGGGAGAUUACCACAGCUGCGAUAUGCCGUGGCAUUCCAUCGAAAAUUUAAUGGAACAGGUGAAAAAAGAGAAAUACGAUUUAAUAUAUUUUACGGGCGACAUAAUCAGCCACCGUUCUUGGGUCACCACCGUAGAGAACAAUACCAAAGCCAUCAAGCAGAUCAACCAACUUUUUGACGAAACUUUUCCUAACGCUUCGAAUAUUUUUCCGAUUUUGGGGAACCACGAGCCUCACCCUACAGAUUUUUACUCUCCAGAAUCUCAGUCGAGAUCCAAAAUAUCGACGCAGUGGGUGUUCGAUUUGGUGGCUGAUGAGUGGUCCAGAUGGCUUCCAGCUCACACCAAACCGACGAUCAAAAAGGGAGGAUUUUACACGGUUUUGGUCAAAAAAGGCAUCAGAGUUGUCGCUCUGAACAGCAACGUCUGCUACAAAAACAAUUUGUGGUUGAUCUACGACGAUAAAGACCCGAACGGACAGCUUCAAUGGCUAGUGGAUGUUUUGGCGGAAGCGGAAAAAAAUAAGGAGAAAGUCCACGUCCUGUCGCAUAUCCCUCCAGGUGAAGUCGAAUGCCACAGGCAGUGGAGCAACCAGUUCAGAAGAAUAGUCGAGAGGUUUUCCGAAACAAUUACCGCCCAAUUUAACGGCCACACCCAUUAUGACGAGCUUAGAGUGUUUUUUAACGGAUCCAAAGUCAUUAAUGUUGCUUUUAAUGGGGGUAGCUUUACCACCUACACUGGAUUAAAUCCCAACUACCGAAUCUACAUUGUCGACAAAAAUAAUUUUAAUGUUGUGGACUUUGAUAACUUCGUAUUCAAUAUGACCGAAGCCAACCUCCAAAAUGAUGGUUCCAUCAAACCUAGAUGGUUUAAGCUUUACUCCUUUAAGCAAGCCUAUGGUUUGGACAAUACCGGUUCCACACAAAUGGCUAAUCUUGUUGACAUAUUAAGAAGAAAUGAAGCAUCGAUUGCCGAAUAUUUCAAAUAUCGUGUUAAAGAUAGUGAUCCUCUUCUGAAGGAGGGUUGCGAUAGAAAUUGUCUGAAGCAGCUUGUUUGCAGUAUAACUGCUGUUGAAACCGAUGAAUCCCUCAACUGUUAGGUAAAAAUAAAACACCAUAAACUACUAAUUUAACAUGUAUUUACAAUCAAAAUACUCCUUGUGUAAUCAGAUUACCCAAUAUAAAACAUUAGGAAUUUAUUCUCUCAAUAUAAACUAGGUUAAUCUAUUGUGUUAUUAUCAACAUUGGUAUCUUUUAUAACAACGACAGCAUCAGGUUUUUUAACAUGCUUACGCUGUGUUGUCAAGUUGCCCACAACAACUACUUCCUUCGCGUUUGUUUGGCAAAUGUACCCUUUUUUCUUCAU